AUGGGGGGUGGAACUCCCCGCCAACCGCAGGCCGCCACCAUCUGGGAAGUGGAGGGUUCGCCCAGCCCAGCCAAUGCAACAAGCCAACUGUGGACAAUAUGGCAAGCGAGCUGCGCGUCAUUCACUGUUGGCACGCCAAUCCCUCUAGAGUACGGUACGACGCGCUUCCGUCUCAUCGACAUACGUCCAAGGACCGGUACUACAAGUACUACCUACCAGCACGCGCCUGACAACGUCAUUAUGCCAAGAGCCCCCUCCAUCUAG